UCAGCCACACUCCUAAAUUAUAUUGUAUACCGCCUUUUCAGCUUCUUCUGCCCAUGAUCACAAUAUGCUAAAUUCUUUCCAUUAUUUUUCCCAACUGAAAGAUUAUCUCAAACCAGUCUCUCACAAGCUAUCGUUUGGAUGCUUCUCAAUUCCACAAUCCAUUCGGCUAAGUGGAAAGAAAGUUUGUCAGAAAAAUGACUUCAAAUCGUGAAUGGAUGUACAAAAGGUUAACUAGAGGUUUGUAUAAUCCAGAAUUCGUAAGGGAUGUUGAGCAAUUUAUUGAGUUUGCAAAGAAUCAUCGGGAAGAGAGGGAUGGUGAGAGACUAAGGUGCCCAUGUAACCAAAAAAAGUGUCAGAAUAGAAAUUUUGAAGAUGUUCUUACGGUCCACAAACAUUUAUUGCGGGACGGCUUUGUACCUGGAUAUCAUAUAUGGUACUUGCAUGGAGAAAAUGAGGUUACUAGAAAUAUAGUUCAACAUGAAGAGAUGCACAAUUGGGAUCAGACUAUGAAUACUGCAUCAGUAAAUGUGGGUGCAAUUGAUGAGCCUGGAUCACCUACUUCAUACCAUAGAAUGGUCCUUGACGUCGCUGGCCCCUCAUUCGAUCCGAAUGAUAUGGAUGAAUUACCGAAUCCUGAUGCGCAGAAAUUUUAUGAUAUGAUUGAUUCUGCAAAUCAAGAGAUAUGGCAUCUAGGGGAGGUGGAGCACGUAGAUAUGCUGAAAACAGGAAUGCAAACACACUGAGAUCUCCUGAGAUGUUGAGUCCUACAUCUAAUUAGUCAUCAUUAUCACCUGAACCUCCAGUUAUAGAAACACCACAUUCGGAUGCAGCUAUAAACAGAUCCUUACCAUCUUCAUCUUCUGAUCUUGGUACACCUGGAGAUGAAAUCCAAACAACUAGUUCGUCAAACACAAUUGGUGGUAACCGUAUCCCUAUUACAAUCGUCCUUGGAGGAACGAUACAAGGGUAUGUUAUCUGAAGCAAGAGCUUGUGAGAAGAAGCGCAAACAUAUUCCAGUAUCUAUUUGGGAGAGCUGGAAGCCUCACUGGGAGACUAAGGCUUUUCAAGCCAAGUCUACACAAUGCUCAAGGAAUCGACUAAGUGAAAAAGGUGGUGAAGGGUCUGGUCCCUCACGCCAUACAGGAGGCUCUAGAGCUCACCGAGAACAUGCAAGACUACUGGCUAAAGAACUAGGAAGACCAGCUCAUCCACAUGAGCUUCUGAAGAAGACACAUGUCAAGGCGAACAAGGAGUUUGUGGACCAGAAAUCUAAGAGCACAUAUGAUGCCAUAAUGUCUAAAAUUGUAUCUGCGUCUCAGCCUGAAGAUAGGUCCAGUAAGCCUCCUGAAGUUGAUUACUCACAAAUUUAUUUGGAGGAAGUCGGUGUUAAGAAGACGCACAUUUAUGGUCUUGGUUCUCAAGCUCCUUUCUAUGGGCAUGUUGGUGCAUCCUCCAGUUCGAUAUCUCCACUUCAAGAUAUAGACUUUAAUGCUCGGGUGAAUGAAUGUGCCGGGCAUCGUUUGCAAGAAAUUAAGGAAGAGAUGAAACAUGAGAUGAGAUCAGAGAUCAGAGAAGAGAUUAGACAAGAAAUGAAAGAAAAAAUGCGAGAAGAACUGCGUGAAGAAAUGAGACACGAAAUGCAACAAGAGGUGCGUGAGCAAGUUGAUCUACUACUCCAAAAUCGUCUGUCUGUCCUCAUAGGUGGCUUACCUACACCGCCUUCUCGUAGACCUGACUCGCCGUCAAAUGACAUGAUUUAGAUUUAUUUUAGCUUCUUUUAUGUUAGACGUGUCUUGGAUUCUGCUUUCAAUUUUAUGAUAGAUGUUAUAUUAUUUAUAAAGUUCUAAUAUGUUUUUUGUUU